AUGUAUUGGCGAGAUGAGUGGCCUUCCACGCCCAGCGGCGAGCCGUACGACGGCAAGAAUCUUCUGAAUCUGGUUCGCAGAGGCAACAGUCCAUUUGGGGGCGUCUGGGACGUUGGGCUACUGAUCCGCGAGAUCGAGGAGAAUCUAAGCACAGAGGUGACGGAUAUUCCCAUCAUCACCAAGGGGGUUUCCAUGAAAACCUCCAACAUGCCUGAUAUGGUCGCUCGUCUAGCUCGCGGCGAUGUCAACAUGCCAGAUUUUGACGGCUUUCCUAUCGAGAUACAAGCUGAGGAGGCUAGUUGCGAGCUCCGCCUUCUUGACCAGCUGGCUCAUAUUCGUGCAGCCUUGUUUUCCUACGACCCUCCUCGCGAAUUUGCAGCUGAAUACAUCCUCUACCGCCUAUUCAAUUUCAAGCCAGACUCCUUGUCCGUGACUGUCGUUCCUACUCGCGAGUUUUGGAUGCACGUGCCGGAGUCCAAGAUCAAGGCGACCAUUCGGGACGAAGGUGACAUGAUCGGAUGGGAGGACGACGAAGAGACGGUUGGACCCAUUGCCUUAGCGGCCAAGCAGUCUCUUUUGCGCGUAGUCCCGCUAACACUCCCGCCCGAUGUUCCUGAUGGCUCUCUAUAUCGGUUCGUGCUCGAACAUGGAGAUUUUGGCAUUCACAACAUGACCAUCACAAAGAAGAAGAACGGCCGACCUCAUGUUACGUCGCUGUACGACUGGGAAACAGCAUGCAUAUGGCCGGCUAUUCUCUCUGAUCCCCUGGUGGCAGCCGGCCCCGUCGAUAUAAUUACGGACGGGCAAGGCGCUCCCUCCAUCACACGGCUACCGGAAGACGCGACUCAUACCGAUCUCGAGACUAACUCAUCGUGGGCAGGUCAUUAUAUCAAGAACCUCUAUCAUGCCGCGCCGGGCUACGAAAUGGCCAUUCGGGCAGGAAAAGACUUCCGCUACCUGUGGUAUGCGCUGCGAGACUGGCGUGGCGGCAACUCGGAGGAGUUCUUCGGUGCCUUGGAAGAAUGGGCUGAGAAACGUAUUACAGAACUGGAGGCUCCCUAA